UCAAGUAUCACUAUUCCUCAGCGACGAUACCCAAAAACCUCUCCUACAACAUCACCAAGACAAUAAGGCAGGACGAAUGGCACGCCCUCCACUUGCGGCGAAUGACAGCUGGUUUCAUGGGCAUGGCUGUGGCCAUCAUCCUGUUCGGCUGGAUCAUUGGUUUGCUUGGCUGCUGCUGGGACCGAGGCCUCAUGCAAUAUGUGGCUGGCCUCCUCUUCCUAAUGGGAGGAACCUUCUGUAUCAUCUCCCUCUGUACCUGCGUCGCUGGCAUCAACUUCGAGCUUUCCCGUUACCCUCGGUACCUGUACAGCUUGCCCGAUGAUAUCGGCCACGGCUACGGCUGGUCCAUGUUCUGCGCCUGGGGAGGCCUCGGCCUCACACUUAUCUCUGGCUUCUUCUGCACUCUCGCACCCUCUGUUCAACCAAUACCGAGGUCUACCUGUCCCAAAUCCCGACAGGAGAACGGCACCGUCUGUUAAAGCUGGGUGUGCCGGACCAGCUGAACCCACAGACAGACAAAAAAACAAGCUAUUCCAUGUUUUCAUGUGUCAGCUCAUAUCCACUCUAUCCUGGUUACAGAUUUUGUGUGUGUGUGUGUGUGUGUGUUUAAAAUGGGUGUCUUGAUGAUAUCUUGAAAAUACAAGAAAAAAACCUGAAGAACUGAAGAAAUAUCAAAAAUUAAAAGUUGUGUUUAUUUUUAUUUUGUGGAGUAGAUGCAGAAAUGGAUCAUGACCAGGAAAGACGUGAAAGAAAUGACAUGGAGACCACGAAAGACUAAAGUGUAACGAGUGAGUACUUGUGGAAAAAUAGUGGCUCCCAGAACAAGAACGUCCAGCCUAAGGACUGUUUCUGUUUACUGGUCUACUGUGAUUGUGGAGACGAUUAACAGAUUGUUCAGAAGAUCAAGUAAAGAUCCGGUGGAACCUUCUUAUGAUCUUUUAAAGCUUUUUGUGGAAUAUUUCACAAGCCAGUGGAUCAAACAUGAAACCAUGUGACUAGCGGGGGUGGGAUCACAUGAAUUCUCCAACUUCUUGGGUCCUUCCAGUUACUAGUAACGGGCAGGCACAGAGAAGAUCCAGGACUUCCACUCAUGUACAUUAUUGUACAGAAUAUUCACGAGAAAUGACAACCAGGCAUUGUCAUGUUGGACCAUUUUCAUUUUUGUGUAGUUGCAGUACAUUCCAGCUAAUGAUCCUAUUGCCAUUUAGCGUUUCAUACAUGCAUUCCUCUUUUACUGAAACUGUUUUGCUUUUUACUGAACCUUCAUGUUGUGA